AUGGCUUAUGAUCGCUAUGUUGCCAUCUGUAACCCCCUACAGUAUCCUCUCAUUGUGACGAAGAGCAUAUGUGUGCUACUGGCCAGCACUUCCUGGCUUAUUGCCAUCUUCAAUUCUUUCAUAUUUGCCUGGUUAGUCUCGAAUUUACUAUUCUACUCUUCCCAAGAAGUCAAUCAUUUCUUCUGUGAGAUGAAAUCUGUGUUGGUACAUUCUCGUAGUGACACUGAAACUAUCAGGGUUGCAAUAUUCUGGGAAAGCCUUAUACUGGGAUUUAUUCCAUUUAUACUAAUAUUGAUCUCUUAUUUGUACAUCAUUUCUGCCAUAUUAAAUAUCCAUACUUCAGCAGGUAGGCUGAAAAUCUUCUCCAGUUGCUCCUCUCAUCUCACAAUAGUCGUUCUAUUCUGUGGCACAACUAUAAGCUUCUAUGUGAGCCCCGAGACUGAGAACUCACAAGAGCAAAAGAAGUUUCUUUCUCUGCUGUACACUGCUCUGGUUCCCAUGCUAAACCCACUAGUCUACAGUCUGAGGAACCAAGAUGUUGGUAGAGCCAUUAGAACAUUCUUCCAAAUGUAA